AUGCGCGGUCCUCGCAAGGACGUGAACGUUGGUCCGGAUCUUUCGCCUCGGAGUCGGGAGAAGCUCAAGCAGGAGCUUGCAGAGCUUCAUCAAAGGAUGACCAAGCUGUGGGACGAAAGAGCGUCCAAAGGUGACUGGGAUGGAGUCAAAGCGGAUCUUGCUGUCUACCGUCUUAGCGGACAGGAAGUCGUAGAUGAUCCGAGGAGGACGCCUGAAUACCGGAAGCAGGUUGUCGAUGGACUUGGAUUUGGUGUUGACGCGACACCUCCUACUGCGGGAUUGAAUGCAGACGAUCUCGGGGCCUGUAGAGAUGUCCUCUCCAGAAAGGCGGCGGCCUUUUGGCUAGAAGGCACGCCAAGGACUACGGUCCGAAGCGUUGCCCAUGACUGCGUCCCAACAGGACCCCCGGUAUCGCUUCAACCCCAUUCCCUCAAGGGAGAAAGUGCAGCGUGGGUAGAUGAGCGAUUGGAGGAGGAGGUGCAGCGUGGCCAAUUGGUCCGUGGAGCGUCUGCCUGGGGUUCCCCACCAUUUCCAACAAAGGAGGCACCAGCCCACAAGAGGAGUCGCAAGAGACGCCUGGUGGUAGAUUACCGGCGCGUAAAUGCCCGGGUGCUGAGGAGCACAUACUACUGCAGGAAGGCAACGGACGUCCUGUCCCAAUGUGCGGGGUCCAUCUGGUAUUCCUUCGUGGAUGCGGUCACGGGGUUCAACCAAAUCCAGAAUACCAGAAGGGCUAUGGAGGUGCUAGCCAUCGUGGCACGCUCUGGCAAGUUUCUCCCCGUUUGCCUGACGUUCGGGCCUGUGAACGGGCCGGAUGAUUUCUCCUACGUCGUGGACCGUGCCUUCGGUCCAGGACGAGGCAGGCAAAUGAAAUAUACCAAGGAGUGGAUCGCCUAUGUGGACGAUCUCACAGUGCGAACGGGAAGAGUCAUAGACAAAAAGUUCAUGACUGACAAGGAAUUCGACGAAGAGAUCAAAAGAGCGAUGUGUGGUUUCCCGCAGCUGUUUGGCUCGGAGUCGGGGCCCAGCUUCCGGGUUGGGUCUGGGUUUGGUGAGCAGGUUAGCGUUUCGCGACCUGACCGCGAAGCCGCGGGUCGAGUGUGCGGUUCGCCACUCGACCGCGGCACAAUGGCGUCGUGGAAAAAGGCGCACCGUGGUCGAAGGAACCCGCAGAAGAAUUGGGGCGACCUGGAGUAUGCCCUGACGCGGGCCCUCCGACAUGGAGAAUACGGGAUGCGUGGCCAGUUGCAAGCGGAUGGAGGUCCGUCGAGUGGCAAAGCCGCGGUCCCGGUGCGCCUGGAAAGUCUCGGGGACUGGGUGCGCGCCUUACAGGGCCACUCCUCGGACAGCGGGCUUCGACCUCAUGACUUCACCAGCAAGGUCAGCCUGCCCGGUAGCACGCGACUCCUGCAUGGCACGUUCAAGGAGCGUGUUGCCGGAAUAGCAGAAAAGGGGUUGCUUGCUGGCGGAACGGGUCGAGUCGGAGAAGGGCGGCUGUUCGUCCACUGGUCCGCCAACGCGGAAGGGGUCGAAGGCAAUAAAGCAGGUGUUCGAGGCGGUGCAGAUGUGGCUGUUCUGUCUACAAUAGACGACCUGCGCGACGCCGCGCGCACAAGACCCAAAGAGCGCGCUACAGAGGUCAGCAUUGCAGUUUCUGAGCCAAUUUCCAAGAAAACCACCUUGGAGGCUCGAGGUGAGAGCGGCUUUAACAAAAAUACGGCGGGUGGGGGCCGCGCGCGGGCGCGCAACCCUCCACCCGCGGGGGGAGGGCGCAGCGCCUCCCCCCCGCAGAGCGGAACUGUGCCGCUCCGACUGCUGCAGCCGGAGCUGAAGCUGCAGCACCAGCGGCAGGAGACUGGAGAUGGCGGCAGUUUGCUGGGUCAUGGCGCAGAUAGGACGGCCGGCGUCUGCGAGUGCGGAACAGGUUUCGAGCAUAGGCUCAUCGAGCAAGACCUCCUGUCGGACCCCGGCAGGCUCAUCGAGCAAGACCUCCUGUCGGACCCCGGCACGAGGGACCUGGAGAUUACACAAAGUCCCUCGUGCCAGGGGCUUUGCAUCGCGACCUGGGCCUUUAAG